AUGAAUUCUCUUAUCAUCCAACAACGUUCACAACAGUUACCGUUACACAAGCAGCAAGGAACACAUCGUCAGAACCGACUAUUGAACGUGCUGACGGAAUCAAUACCGGAAUGUCGGGAAUCAACACCAGAACCUGGUAAAACAACUGCAAAAUCUGAAACCGUGAGUACUGAGCAAGGAACCGGUAGACCUGAGCGUGAAACCGUAACGUCUGGGUCCGAAAGAACUAAAGCCGAAUGGGAAACAUCUGCAAGAGAAAAACCUGUAACUGAAGGGAUAACAUCUGAAAUCGAUCAGUCUGAAGUCGAAGGUUUGGCUGAUGAAACCGAAGAACUAGAAGUUGAAGGCGUGACAGCAGCAGACAGAAAACCUGAACCUGAAGGUGUCACUGCUGGAGCAGGGGGCACACCACCUGGGAUAAAGAAACGUCCAACUAGAAGGACAAAAUCUAGGGGCUUGAAAUCCCUGUCAGGUAAACCUGAAACUGGAGCUAUAACCACAGGGGUGGGAAAACCUAAAAUGGGAAGUUCGCCACCGGCAAAUGCCUGGGCGAGACAACCAUCAACAGCUGGAACGUCUGCAGCUCAGGAUGUAACCGUCAAACCUGUAAAACACGUGACUACUGCAGCCGAAAAACGUGAAGAUAAAAAGGCACCACCUGGAAUAGAAAAACCUAAAGCCGGAAAUGCUCUACCUGCAUUUGCAUGGAUAAAACGGCCAACAACCGAAGAUGUAACACCUGCUGCCGGAAAAGAUGCAAGUGGAGGUGUUAUUGUCAACCAUGAAAAAGGCUUGACCUCUGCAGCAAUAAAGCCUGAAGCUGGAACGGUACCACCUGCAAUGGAAAAACGUAAACAUAAAGUUGAUUCACCUGCAAUAGACUGGAUAAAGCGACCAGAAAUUGAGGGUGUGACAAGUGCAGACGGAAAGUCGACAGCUGGAGACGUUACUAUUGAACCUGCAAAACGCGUGACCACUGCAGCGGGAAAACCUGCAGCUGAAGCUGUAACUGCUAGAACGGGAAAACCUAAACCUCGGAAUGUUGCACCUGGAAUUGAUUGGAUAAGACGACCACGAAAUGAAAGCGUGACAUCUGCAACGUUAAAGUCAACAGCUGAAGAUGUAACCACUAAGCCCAUAAAGUACAUGACCACUGCAGUCGGGAAAUACGAAGCUGAAACAAAAACCAUAGGAACGGAAAAACCUAAACCUAGAGGGGUUCCAACUGAAAGUCCAUGGAUGACGAGGCCAGGAAUCGUAGGCGUGACAUCCGCAGUCGAAAAACCUACAAGUGCAGGGGUACCAUCAGGAAUCAAGGACCAUGGAGAGGAAGGUGUUACCGUGCGAAGCGACAGACCAGAAUUCAAAGGCACGACAUCUCCAUUAGGGAGUACUGAACCUGGAGAUGUAGCCACUGGAACCGAAAAGCCUAAAGCUAAACAUGUUCCAGCUGGAAUUGCCCGGAUGAGAAGGCUGCAAAAUGAAGACGUGACAUCUGCAACCAGGAAACCUGAAGCUGAAGGUUCAUCACCUGAACCUGAAGAAUCUAGAGCAAAGGGUGGACCGUCUGGAACAGAGAAACAUGGAUUGGACGGUUUGACUCCUGAUGCUGGAAAACCCGAAACUGAAGGUACUCCAUCUGGAAUUGCCUCGAGGGGGACAGCGGAAAUAGAAGGCGUGACAUUUGCGCCCGGAAAAGGCGCACCGUCUGGAACUCAGGGAGCUGGCGCACAAGGUUUGACUUCUGAAAGUGGAAAACUCGGAGCUGAAGGUGCUUCAUCAGAAAUUGCCCCGAGAAGGACAACAGGGAUGGAAGGCGUAACAUUUGCGACCGGAAAAGACGGACGAAAAGGCGCACCGUCAGGAACCCAGAGAGCCCGUGCAGAAGGCUUGACUUCUGGAGCCGGUAAAACUCAAUCCGAAAGUUUACCAUUCGUAACACGGGAACAUGAAACAGAAGGUACAAAAACUGGAAAAGGAAGAGGUGCUACAUCAGGAACAUCCUUGAGCAGAACAGCAGAAAUCGAAGGCGCGAUAUUUGCAGACGAAAAAGGCGGACGGGCAGGCCCGCCGUUUGGAACUCAGGAACCUGGAAAAGAGGCAGUGCCUGCUAAGGCCACAAAACCUCAACCGGACGGUGUACCAUUAGAAACUCAGGAACCUGAAGAAGAAAGAUUGACUCCUGAAGCUGAAGAUGACCAAUAUCGAAUUGCACGGAGAGGAACAACCGGAAUCGAAGGCUCGAUAUCUACAGCAGGGAUAUCUACAGGAAAAGGCGCAUCGUCCGGAAUUGAGAAUUAUUUAGCCGAAAAUUUCACUCCUAAAGCUGGCAGGCCUGAAAUUGAAGCCGUACCGCUCGAAACCCAGGGAAGUGCAAUGGAAGAUAUGACUCCACAAGUCGGAGAACCGAAAGGUGAAAGAAUACCACCUUCUCGUUCCCGGGGUGAAGGUGCACAACAUGUACGUCAUGAGCCCGGAGCAGAGCGACUGAUCCCUGAAGCUGUCCCGUUGGAAACUGCGGUGCCUGCAGCAGAAGGUGCAGCUGAAGCCGAAAGAAGUGAAGCUGAGGAGCCUCCGCAAACCUGGAAAGGGACAAAAGAAAUCGAAGCCGACGUAAUCGCACUCGGAAAAGGAAGAGAAGGCGAGACGCCUGCAACUGAACAGCCUGCUUCAGAAGGUUUGCGUCAUGGAGCUGGAGAA